AGUAACGUCGACGUGGCUGGCUAGCUAGAUGUAAAUAUUGACAAUUUACCACACAUGUUAUGGAGACAAGUUGUUUCUCUGAUAUCGACAAUGAGUCGGCGUCAAUUGUAGAUGAUUCUGAAGGAGAAGAAGAAAAAAAUCUUUACCUGGACAGAUUGAUGCUUGCAGAUUUUCUAGACUCGCCAUACUCACAUACUUUUUCCACACCACACACCAUCAAUGGCUGUAUAGACGGGUUUUCUCCUCAGAUAGCGAUGUUGACUUGUAGACGUUUGGAUGGCUUGGACCAAGUGCGUCUCACACCUGAAAAGAUCCAAUCCCCAUAUUUGUCAAGGAGUUCUGGGAUUCCAGAUGACGAGAAGGGAAUGGACAGUAUUAUCGCUCAAGGACAUGAUGGAGAAGACAGUGAGGGGAUGAUAGAAGAGGAUCCCUCUGAGGGGUCAGUGCCUGAGUGUCUCUCACAGCACGUUGGGAGUGGUACCUCUACCAGACGUUCGAAGAGAGCAGCGACGGUAGCUAAGACACAGGUAGAGAGGGAGGGUACACAGCGGACCCUUGGACAUAAUCCCAAAAAUGUUCCCCGGGGUGGCGGGGGUUGUGACUUCUCACAGAAGGAGAUAGGUGCAGAGCCCAAGAGACAGACCAGGCUGACUGACAGUCAGACACAAGGGAGUAGACAGACCAGACCAAUGGAAGAAAUCAGACCAACCAGGCAGAACAGAGGGACCAGAAACAAUGACAACCAGGAACAGGAGAACAAACAGGAGAACAGACAGACCAGGCAGACUGACAGCCAGAAGCAGGAGACCGGCGAACCAGCCAGACAGACCAGGCAGACUGACAGCCAGAAGCAGGAAAAUGGAGAUAAUAGUUCCACCAGCAACAAGCUAGGGACACUGAGAGGUGUGAACCAUGGUCAAUGCCAGAGCAUGCGGGGCAUCACCCGUCUGAAUGUCCUCCACCGGAAGAACCGUUACGGGGAGACUCUACUCCACAUUGCAGCAAUGCAAGGAGACACCCAGUGGAUCAGAGGCAUGCUGUCGCUGGGCCCCGACAUCAACAUGGUCGACAACGCAGGUUGGACUCCUCUUCACGAGGCAGUGUCCCACGGUCACUAUGAGAUCAGUAAGUACCUGAUCCAGGCAGGAGCUCUGGUCAACUGUACUGGAGGAAAUGGAACCACACCUCUACUUGAUGCUGUAGAGCAGGGACACCUGCAGAUAGCGGAGUUGCUGUUGAAGCACGGGGCAGACCCUCUACUGAAGAACAACAAUGGACAGACAGCCUAUAGCAACACCACAGAACCCUGUCUGAUUAAACUCCUGGAGAAAAACAUCCCCAAGAACAAGAGAAAGGCACUAGCAGCACCAACAAAACGACCGGCAGACUCGUCCCAACUCAGCCCGUCCCAAAGUGGAACAGAGAGGAAGCUCAGGAGGUUACCAGUUCAAGCAGAUCAGACCAGCACUGACCAGGAGAGAUAUCAGCAGAGACGCGCAACAGCCAGUUCUGAAACCAGCAACACUGACCAGCAGAGACGCACAUCAACCAGGUCUGAAACCAGCAACACUGACCAGCAGAGACGCACAACAACCAGGUCUGAAACCAGAAACACUGACCAGCAGAGACGCACAACAACCAGAUCUGAAACCAGCAACACUGACCAGCAGAGACGCACAUCAACCAGGUCUGAAACCAGCAACACUGACCAGCAGAGACGCACAACAACCAGGUCUGAAACCAGAAACACUGACCAGCAGAGACGCACAUCAACCAGGUCUGAAACCUGCAACACUGACCAGCAGAGACGCACACCAACCAGGUCUGAAACCAGCAACACUGACCAGCAGAGACGCACACCAACCAGGUCUGAAACCAGCAACACUGACCAGCAGAGACGCACAACAACCAGGUCUGAAACCAGCAACACUGACCAGCAGAGACGCACAUCAACCAGGUCUGAAACCAGCAACACUGACCAGCAGAGACGUGCAACAACCAGGUCUGAAACCUGCAACACUGACCAGCAGAUACGCACAACAACCAGGUCUGAAACCUGCAACACUGACCAGAUAUGCACACCAACCAGGUCUGAAACCAGCAACACUGACCAGAUAUGCACACCAACCAGGUCUGAAACCAGCAACACUGACCAGAUAUGCACACCAACCAGGUCUGAAACCAGCAACACUGACCAGCAGAGACGCACAACAACCAGGUCUGAAACCAGCAACACUGACCAGCAGAUAUGCACAACAACCAGGUCUGAUACCAGCAACACUGACCAGCAGAGAUGCACAACAACCUCUACUAAAGUUGCAGGGGUCUUGGGAGAGAAAGAGGAGCCUCAUGGUGAUGGCUCUACUGGUCCAAACCGUCCACUACCUUCUGUCCAGGAUGUGACGCGGUCUACAGCACCAGCUAUGAAGAGGAACCUGGAGGACCAGGCAGGGGAAGAAGACUCGAGGCCUAAUCACGCCAUUUUAUCAGACACAUCCACACCUAGAAAAGUCAUUAAACGCAUCACCACCAAACGGAAGGAUAUCUUUGAUUUGCUCCUGCAGAGCAACCCGUUCGACCUAGACAGUGUUCUAUUGGCGGCCCAGACAGGAAAUGGUCAGGCGACAACAGGAAGUCUUCAUGACUCUGUUGAUUCGGUUGUGUUGAGAAGUCGAAGUGCAGGUUUUCUUCUGGAGACAGCAGAUUUCAAAGGAAAAGAGGAAGGAAAGAAAUGUAACACAGAAAAGCAGGAAAUGACCAAAUCCUCAGAGGAGCUAACUCUAACUCAAGAUGGGAAUCUCUCCCAGCAUACUGACCAGAGCCAGAGAGAGGAGAUCACUCUAGAUAGGAAUCUCUCCCAGCAUACUGACCAGAGCCAGAGAGAGAUCACUCUAGAUAGGAAUCUCUCCCAGCAUACUGACCACUGCCAGAGCCAGAGAGAGGAGAUCACUCUAGAUAGGAAUCUCUCCCAGCAUACUGACCACUGCCAGAGAGAGGAGAUCACUCUAACUCAAGAUGGGAAUCUCUCCCAGCAUACUGACCAGAGCCAGAGAGAGGAGAUCACUCUAACUCAAGAUGGGGGUCUCUCCCAGUAUACUGACCACUGCCAGAGCCAGAGAGAGGAGAUCACUCUAGAUAGGAAUCUCUCCCAGCAUACUGACCAGAGCCAGAGAGAGGAGAUCACUCUAGAUAGGAAACUCUCCCAGCAUACUGACCACUGCCAGAGCCAGAGAGAGGAGAUCACUCUAGAUAGGAAUCUCUCCCAGCAUACUGACCAGAGCCAGAGAGAGGAAAUCACUCUAGAUAGGAAUCUCUCCCAGCAUACUGACCAGAGCCAGAGAGAGGAGAUCACUCUAGAUAGGAAUCUCUCCCAGCAUACUGACCACUGCCAGAGCCAGAGAGAGGAGAUCACUCUAGAUAGGAAUCUCUCCCAGCAUACUGACCACUGCCAGAGCCAGAGAGAGGAGAUCACUCUAGAUAGGAAUCUCUCCCAGCAUACUGACCAGAGCCAGAGAGAGGAGAUCACUCUAGAUAGGAAUCUCUCCCAGCAUACUGACCAGAGCCAGAGAGAAGAGAUCACUCUAGAUAGGAAACUCUCCCAGCAUACUGACCACUGCCAGAGCCAGAGAGAGGAGAUCACUCUAGAUAGGAAUCUCUCCCAGCAUACUGACCACUGCCAGAGCCAGAGAGAGGAGAUCACUCUAGAUAGGAAUCUCUCCCAGCAUACUGACCAGAGCCAGAGAGAGGAGAUCACUCUAGAUAGGAAUCUCUCCCAGCAUACUGACCACUGCCAGAGCCAGAGAGAGGAGAUCACUCUAGAUAGGAAUCUCUCCCAUCAUACUGACCAGAACCAGAGAGAAGAGAUCACUCUAGAUAGGAAACUCUCCCAGCAUACGGACCAUUGCCAGAGCCAGAGAGAGGAGAUCACUCUAGAUAGGAAUCUCUCCCAGCAUACGAACCACUGCCAGAGAGAGGAGAUCACUCUAGAUAGGAAUCUCUCCCAGCAUACGGACCACUGCCAGAGAGAGGAGAUCACUCUAGAUAGUUAUCUCUCCCAGCAUACUGACCACUGCCAGAGAGAGGAGAUCACUCUAGAUAGGAAUCUCUCCCAGCAUACUGACCACUGCCAGAGAGAGGAGAUCACUCUAGAUAGGAAUCUCUCCCAGCAUACUGACCACUGCCAGAGAGAGGAGAUCACUCUAGAUAGGAAUCUCUCCCAGCAUACUGACCACUGCCAGAGAGAGGAGAUCACUCUAGAUAGGAAUCUCUCCCAGCAUACGGACCAUUUCCAGAGAGAGGAGCUAACUCUAACUCAAGAGGGGCAUCUUUCCCAGCAUACUGACCACACAGAUGAAGCAGGGUUCAAUCUAGGUGAAUAUUUCAAUUUUAACUCAACAACGAGUGCUGACAGAUACCAACACAAUAACACUAUCUGGGCAGAGGAAAUCAGUCAAAACCCUGACCAGAAUACAUGUCCUGAAGCCUCAGUGCCGCUAGCUGGAUUGGAUGCCACAAGAAACAGCAUCUCCACCGAUAAGUCAAAGGUCACCCUCAUCCACCGACCUGCUAGGCCAGAGAUUGACCCCAUGGACAACACCAGAUCUGGGGUAGAGGUUGACCUGAGGCUAAUGGACCAGGAUGACACCUGCUGUACCCUUAUAGACAACCUCUCACUUGUUGAACACCUGUCCCUGUCCAGAGCACCUGUCCCUUUGGAAACCACUGACACUGUGAAUACCUGUGUGGCUGGGGCAUCAUCUCCAUUUAUUGAUGAUCAGUGUAGCGUGUCUCUUCUUCCGCCUUAUUCAGACGCUACAACAACAACAACAACAGCACACCUGGAUGUCACAAGACAAGCUUCCAUUGUCGACGAGAAGCAGACACGACCAGUAGAGGCACCAUCAGCGAUGGAGGAUGAUAAUGAUGAAUAUCUUGGCUCUUGCAACACUAGCUCACCAUCCCUCCUAGUGGCUGAGGAGCUCCACGGGCCUGUGGAGAUAUCAGAGUGUACAGAGACCAAUAUCGAUACACUGUUUAUGCAGAGAGCAAGUCAAAUCCCCAAAGCUUCUCCCAUUGGAUCAGAUGUUGGUUUAAAAGCCAACCUGCUAAAAUGCACUGGUCUCUAUCUCCAGCUGAUUGGAGACGGACUGGACAGAGAGACCAUGGCUCCUGCGACUGGUAGAGAUGGUGAGACAUGUCAUAUUGAUGGUGGACAUUGUGAGGGAGGCUCUGUAACACACAGAGAGUCUAGAGACCCGGAUGCUUCUACUACUGACAACACUUUGUCUUCAGACAAUAAAGACAAUGGUGCUGACAGCUUCGUUGACUCUGACUGCACCGUGGUGUCUGAGCUGGACCAAGCAGAGACCAAGAACAAUGAUCUGGGACAAGUUGAAAAGGAGGAGGUGGCGAAAGCUCAUGUUCAACUUGAUUCAGAAGCGACAAUUGGUUCCGUCCAAGAUCAAGUGAGAGAAGUAGAAAACCAAACCCCCGGGGCUGAAGUUGAGACUUUAGAUCCAUUAAUAGAUUACUCUGAGGCGUGUGAGAGGAAUGGUAAUGGAUAUACUACUACUGUAAUGGAGGACUCCACUAGCCUGUUACCCGCUUUAGAUAGCUGCCAAGCGAAGGACGGUGUGAAGGAAGAUGAACCAGAGAUGAACACUAUGCAAAGUGAUACGGGCAGCGCCAAACAGCAUAACAGCUGUAGUCAACACAAGAGGAAAGCCAAGAGCAGUAGAGCCAGACCUGGCAAGAGGCAGGCCAAGCUGUUGUUGAAACCAAAGCCAAAGCCAAACCCUUGGGCAUCACAAAACACCAGUACUAGUUACACAACAGGUGGUGCUGAUACCUCGUCUAGUUCAGUAGGUCACAUGCAUGGCACAAAGAUUCCCUUGCGGAAUCUCCACAAGAGAAACAGUAUGGGAGAGAGCCACCUUCACCUGGCAUGCAAGAAAGGAGACCUGGCUCUAGUGAGAGGCCUUCUGGAAGCAGGCCUAAAUGUCAAUCAGAUAGAUCACGCAGGCUGGACGGCGCUGCAUGAGGCCAGUGCUACAGGCUUCGAUGCUGUGGUCAAGGAGCUACUGCAGGCUGGGGCUGAUGUUACCAGUAGAGGUCUGGAGGGCCUCGCUCCUCUACAUGAUGCUGCUGCCUCAGGACACUACAAGGUAGUGCAGAUUCUUCUCCAGUAUGGCGCAAACCCUCAAGACAAAAACGCUCUGGGCCAGACUGCUGUAGACCUAGCCUGCCACGACGACAUCAAACAACUCCUCUCCACAUUCCCAGGCCCUUUUGUCCAACGAAGUUCUGCGCCCUCUGAGAGGCCCUCUGAGCGGCCCUCCGAGCGUUGUGGUGUCUCUAGGUCUGGGUUUGAGGGUCGCAGCAGAAGGAAGCCAGCUGGCCCAGCCCGUCUCUGCUGUGAAGGCGACUGGGAAAGGCACAAAGCCAGACACACAGGUGUCAGGGAUACAGACAGACACGGACAGCCAGGAGACGGAGGACGAGACAGGCAGCCUGGUGACAUUCAGCCCAGACAGAAAGACAGCACCACUGAGACACUGAAUCCCUCUGAAGCUAUCACUACGGCUCUGGAGGGUGUGGAGCGGAAACAACAGGAAAUGGCAACCUGGAAACUAAAUAAGUCAGAGGAUGCAGACAAAUUGACGAUGGCGCUAUCAGAGAUCCAGAGUGCUCUGAAUGUUGUGCUGGAGAAACAGCAGGCAGAGAAAGAUGACCUCACCAAGAAGUACAGGAUAGCGUCAGACUCGUUCCGGCAGGGAGUGCUGCGUAGUCAGCUGACUUCGUUGGCGUCACGUCAGAAGAGGCUGCUGGGUAUCCUCCAGAAGCAAAGCGACUUCAAGCUCCAGCUUCGCACCUGGAGGGGCCCGACCCUGACUCGGCACCCCAAGACACAGCACUCCCAGGCGUGGAGAGAUCAGAACAUCUGCCACUCAUCAACCACCACUUCCAGCCCUGCUCCCUCAGAAAGGAGCCUCGCAGGCAGCCAGGAGGAGAGCCACGCUUCCCCCUUGUUCAGCUCUACCGGUAGUCACGACAACCGAGACAAACAAGAAGGUAGUAGCCAGACAUCUCAGGUAGCGCCGCCUCCAACACAACCUCCAACACGAUCCGCUACCAUGGUAACACUCCCUUGGAUCGCCACCACGUCUACCCCUCAGCACACCACCAGGUAUUUUGUGGUACCAAUGCCCAUGGCUCCUCCCUCAUCGUCUCUGGCUCCACCCACCAGCACGACUCAGAUCAGUAAGGACAUUCCAACACAACACCGGGAUGACAAUAACAACAAAAACAACACUACCUUUCCAUCACAACAAGCAAACAGAAACAGCAAACCACAAAAUGGAAACACCCCUGACAUGGGAAGCAAGAUGUUACAACAAGGGACGGCCAGUGAUGGAGAAGAGAACAGGAAGUUGAUCAGGCUCAUCAAGAGAGGGAUCAUCACACCAGGAGAGGAUGUACUACAGCUGAUGUGGAGGGGCUGUGUCCACCAGGCGUCUCUGCUCCUAGAAGGCUGGAUCAGAGACAGCGUCACAGGCAGAGAGUUCCAGGCCCCAGAGCUCUGGGUAGCAGCUAUCCUGGGAAACAACAUCCCUGUUUCCUCAGCCUACGCCUGGGACAAGGUGACGUACAGAGACAGGUCUCUGUCUGGUUACUUACUGGGCGUAGUGGACGUGACAGCCCCAGCAGCAGCAUCACAGAAGCCUGCCGAAUCCACACACCAUGAUGGCUCUUCUGCUCAGCCUCAGGACGUCCCCUCUGCAGGGGCACCUCUCUCAGAGUCAUCGGCAGUACUCAGAAAUAUAAUGCAAAUCAAGUCGAUCAUAUUAAUCGGUGACGAGGAGUUUGUGCCCCAUCAUAUAAUGGACCGCUACUGGGACAGUCUUAUACAGACACACACUGACGACUGGCUGUUUUAAACUGAACGGAGAGACCGAAGACAAUGUUAUUCAUGUUAUAUUUCCUUGUUACUGUAUCAGCGUUACUUAACACUGUUAUCAAUGUUGUAAUGAAACUCUACUGAGACAUUAUCACACUGACAACUGGCUGUUUUAAACUCUUUAUACCCCAUGGAGACACUGAGGACUCAUAUUAAUGUAUGAUUCAUUGUUAUCAAUGUUAUAAUUCAAGAAGUACAAGUGGGUGUUUUUAGAAUGAACUCUUUAUCCCACAAAGAGAACUGGACACUCUAGGGCAACUGAUGUUAUAAUUAAGCAAUAAGGCACGAGGGGGUGUGUUAUAUGGGCAAUAUACCGAGGCUAAGGGCUGUUCUUAAUCACGACGCAAUGAAGAGUGCCUGGACACACCCCUUAGCCGUGUUAUAUUGGCCAUAUACCACAAACCCCUGAGGUGCCUUAUUGCUAUUAUAAACUGGUUACCAACGUAAUUAGAGCAGUUAAAAGUAAAUGUUUUGUCAUACCCGAGAUAUACGGUCUGAUAUACCACGGCUGUCAGCCAAUCAGCAUUCAGGGCUCGAACUACCCAGUUUAUAAUGACUCUUAUGUUACACUAAUGUUAUAAUGUAAUGUUUUAAAAAUGACUGUUAUUUGAACACUCAUCAAUGUUAUGAUUUAUUGAUAUUCAAGCCUAUCAAAGUAGUUCUAUGACGUCACCUUUAUAGGUUCAUUUGUUCUUCUCACGGUUGUGUUUUUCUCCUUAGUGUUGUUAUUGUGAAGCCUCAUUGGUUCUUGUGAAGCCUAAUUGGUUCUUGUGAAGCCUAAUUGGUUAUUGUGCAGCCUAAUUGGUUAUUGUGCAGCCUAAUUGGUUAUUGUGCAGCCUAAUUGGUUAUUGUGCAGCCUAAUUGGUUAUUGUGAAGCCUAAUUGGGUCUUGUGAAGCCUAAUUGGUUCUUGUGAAGCCUAAUUGGUUCUUGUGCAGCCUAAUUGGUUCUUGUGCAGCCUAAUUGGUUCUUGUGCAGCCUAAUUGGUUAUUGUUUUUGUGUAAAGUAAAGUUGAUCCAAAUGUGGAACAGGCUCUUUGUAAUUCCAUUAUUAUUGGACCUGGUUUAGACGUCCACAACAAGUUUAAUUUUCUUAAGUAAACCAUAAUUGGAUAUUAUGUUAUUGUUAAUUGACAGUAAAAAAAAAAAAUCUAAAGUGUUUAAUAAAGAAAAUUAAGUAAUUAUUGAAUAAGAAAAUUGUUGAAUGUGUCCAUUUGCUUAUUAUUUAUGAGUGGUGUCUGGUUUGCCUCAGUUUGAAGCAUCUAAGAAAGAUGUGAAACAUAAAACUUAAUGUA